UGUGCCAGGCUCACCCUAGUAGUGGUCAGAAGGUGCCCGGGAUCUCCAAGAUCAGGCCUUUCUCGCCGCGCCGCGGGUGGGCCCGGCACUUGCUGACGCGGAGCGGGUUCUUGCGGCUGCCCGGAGGCGCGGACCUGGCACCAUGAGCGUGGGCUUCAUCGGCGCCGGCCAGCUGGCCUGUGCGCUGGCGCGGGGCUUCACGGCAGCAGGCAUCCUGUCGGCGCACAAGAUAAUGGCCAGCUCCCCGGAAAUGGACCUGCCCACCGUGUCUGCGCUCAGGAAGAUGGGUGUGAACCUGACCCGCAGCAACAAGGAGACUGUGAGGCACAGUGACGUGCUGUUCCUGGCCGUGAAGCCGCACAUCAUCCCCUUCAUCCUGGACGAGAUCGGGGCUGAUGUGCAGCCCCGGCACAUCGUGGUCUCCUGUGCGGCCGGAGUCACCAUCAGCUCCGUGGAGAAGAAGCUGAUGGCUUUCCAGCCGGCUCCCAAGGUGAUCCGCUGCAUGACCAACACACCUGUGCUGGUGCGGGAGGGGGCCACGGUGUAUGCCACAGGCACACACGCCCUGGUGGAGGACGGCCAGCUACUGGAGCAGCUCAUGAGCAGCGUGGGCUUCUGCACCGAGGUGGAGGAGGACCUGAUCGACGCCAUCACGGGACUCAGUGGCAGCGGGCCCGCCUAUGCAUUCAUGGCCGUGGACGCUUUGGCUGACGGUGGGGUGAAGAUGGGCCUGCCGCGCCGCCUGGCAGUCCGCCUGGGGGCCCAGGCCUUGCUGGGAGCUGCCAAGAUGCUGCUGGACUCUGAGGACCAUCCAGGCCAGCUCAAGGACAAUGUCUGCUCCCCUGGGGGGGCCACCAUCCACGCCCUGCACUUCCUGGAGAGUGGAGGCUUCCGCUCUCUGCUCAUCAAUGCAGUCGAGGCCUCCUGUACCCGAACACGAGAGCUGCAAUCCAUGGCUGACCAGGAGAAGAUCUCCCCGGCGGCCCUGAAGAAGACCCUCCUGGACAGAGUCAAGCUGGAAUCCCCGACCGUGUCCACGUUGGCCCCCUCCAGCACAGGGAAGCUCCUCACCAGGAACAUGGCUCCGGGAGGCAAAAAGGACUGAGCAGCCCAGAGCCCCUGGCUGGGUGACGGAUGCUGGAGGUCACACCCAGCCCUGCUCGCCACCCACCCACCGUGGGCAUCAGGCUGGGGGACAGAACUCAAGCCAGAACCUGGCUUGGCAGGCAUGCCAACGCUGCGUGGCCUACGCUGGAGCCCAAGGCAGGGUCAAUUGGAUGGUAGCAAAAGAGGCUGAAAAAAAAGCGUGUUCCUUCUUUUCUGUGAUUCAAAAAAUGGAGUGAGCAACUUAGAAUCGUCACAGCCAAUCAGAAGUGCACGGAAUUCGACUGUGCUUACAUUUCCCUUGGCUUUAUAGGUAUUCCAAUUGCGAAGCAUUAUUCUGUGCUAAAUUUUAACUCCUCUAGUAAAAUGUAUUUUUUAUUCUGCUUU